ACCAUAGAGUGGCGGAAGUGGCCCGUCCCCUUCCUCUCCCGGUCCAACGGCUUGACGAGCUUCUGGGGACUUCUCUGGCGCGGAGCAUUGUGGGGUUGCUGGGCGGCCUGGGCGCAGAGAAGAGGAGUAGCGGGCCGCUGAGUAAGCUUACAAAAUGAUGCCCACACCGGUUAUCCUGUUGAAAGAGGGGACUGAUAGCUCCCAAGGCAUCCCCCAGCUUGUAAGUAACAUCAGUGCCUGCCAGGUGAUUGCCGAGGCUGUAAGAACCACUCUGGGUCCCCGUGGCAUGGACAAGCUCAUUGUGGAUGGCCGAGGCAAAGCAACAAUUUCUAAUGAUGGAGCCACAAUUUUGAAACUCCUUGAUGUUGUCCAUCCUGCAGCAAAGACUUUAGUGGACAUUGCCAAAUCCCAAGAUGCUGAGGUCGGUGAUGGCACCACCUCAGUGACCCUGCUGGCUGCAGAGUUUCUGAAGCAGGUGAAAUCCUACGUGGAGGAAGGUUUGCACCCACAGAUCAUCAUCCGAGCUUUCCGCACUGCCACUCAGUUGGCAGUUAACAAGAUAAAAGAGAUCGCCGUGACUGUGAAGAGGGACGAUAAAGUGGAGCAGAGGAAGCUGCUAGAGAAAUGUGCCAUGACUGCUCUGAGCUCCAAGCUGAUCUCCCAGCAGAAAGCCUUCUUCGCUAAGAUGGUGGUGGACGCAGUAAUAAUGCUUGAUGAUUUGCUGCAGCUUAAAAUGAUUGGAAUCAAGAAGGUGCAAGGUGGCGCCCUAGAGGAGUCCCAGCUCGUAGCUGGUGUCGCAUUCAAGAAGACUUUCUCUUAUGCUGGGUUUGAAAUGCAACCCAAAAAGUACUAUAAUCCAACGAUUGCCCUUUUAAAUGUUGAGCUGGAGCUGAAAGCUGAGAAAGAUAAUGCUGAAAUCAGAGUCCACACAGUUGAGGAUUAUCAGGCAAUUGUUGAUGCUGAGUGGAACAUUCUCUACGACAAGUUAGAGAGGAUCCAUCAGUCUGGAGCCAAAGUCGUCUUGUCAAAGCUCCCCAUUGGGGAUGUGGCCACCCAGUACUUCGCUGACAGGGACAUGUUCUGUGCUGGCCGAGUGCCGGAGGAGGAUCUGAAGAGGACAAUGAUGGCUUGCGGGGGCUCCAUCCAGACCAGUGUGAACGCUCUGUCAGCAGAUGUGCUGGGCUGCUGCCAGGUCUUUGAAGAGACGCAGAUUGGAGGCGAGAGGUACAAUUUCUUCACUGGCUGCCCCAAGGCCAAGACUUGCACUAUCAUCCUCCGUGGUGGCGCUGAGCAGUUUAUGGAGGAGACAGAGCGGUCCCUGCACGAUGCCAUCAUGAUCGUCAGGAGGGCCAUCAAGAAUGAUUCAGUGGUGGCAGGUGGCGGUGCCAUUGAGAUGGAGCUCUCCAAGUACCUGCGAGAUUACUCAAGGACCAUUCCAGGAAAACAGCAGCUACUGAUUGGGGCUUAUGCCAAGGCCUUGGAAAUUAUCCCACGCCAGCUGUGCGACAAUGCUGGCUUUGAUGCCACAAACAUCCUCAACAAGCUGCGGGCUCGGCAUGCCCAGGGGGGCAUGUGGUACGGGGUGGACAUCAACAACGAGGACAUUGCUGACAACUUUGAGGCCUUCGUGUGGGAGCCAGCCAUGGUGCGGAUCAAUGCGCUGACGGCAGCCUCGGAGGCCGCAUGCCUUAUCGUGUCUGUAGAUGAAACGAUCAAGAACCCUCGCUCAACAGUGGACGCACCCCCAGCUGCUGGCCGGGGCCGAGGUCGUGGCCGCCCUCACUGAGAGGCACCCCGGCGCUCACAAGAGUUGGCCAGCAGGCUGGCUGCAGGCUGUGCUUCACUCACUCUGUCUUGGUCAAAUGGUGUUACAAGGAAGGGGUAGUAUUUGGCCCACUCUGUUCUCACUGGAGGUUAUUUAAAUAAAACUUAAGACUUAGAA